AUGGACACGGCCAACGCCCAAGCCGGGCCCUCGACUACCACCCGCAAACCCCGCGGCCCCCAUCCCUCGCCCACCACCCCGCGUCCGACCGCACGCAAACUCCGACCACCACCGCCCGCGCCCACCGGCCCAUCACGGGGCAGCAGGCGCCCACCACCCACGCUCCCGCUCAAGGUGCUGCAAGGCGCCGGCGUCCGGCGCACAGACACGCAGCAUGCGGGCAACUACAGCCGCGCGACCGUGUUCGUCACGCGCAAGACUGGCCUGGCCGCGCUCCUGGCCCGGGCGCGCAAGCUGGUCAUGGACGAGGGAUACACCCAUGUCACUCUGUACGCCCUCGGCGCGGCCAUCCCGCACGCCCUGCUGCUGCUGCACGCGCUCCUCGACGUCCUGCCGUACCCCCUCGGUCACAAUGGCGUGUGGUACGAGAUCAAGACGGACAGCGUCGACUGCGUAGACGAGGUCGCUGGCAACGACAACGACGUCGAAGGCGGUGACGACGACGAGGGUGAGGACGAGUUUGCCGGUCUCGGCGCGAUCGAGGAGGCGGCCCCGCAGCGCAAAGUCCGCACCAAGGGGAGUAUCUCCGUCGACAUCCACAUCGCGCCCAAGAAGAAGGUCAAGGCCGCACAGCAGGCGGUACAGAUGUCCACUACACGGGCGGCGGCGGCGACGGGGGGCAAGAAGCGCAAGGGCGAGGUGCCCAAGGCGCGCCCCAGUGCUCGGAAGCGCAGGGCCAUCAAGGCCGCCGAGAAGGACAAGGAGAAGGAGGCCGGCAACGACGGUGACAUGGGGUCAGGCUCGGGCUCGGGCGCCGCAUCGGCAUUGGCAGGUGCGCUGUCGUCUGGGUCUGGGUCUGGGCUGUACGCUGCGAGCGAGGAGGACGCGAUGAACGCCGUCAACGACGACUGGGAUGAGGAGGCGAUGAUGAACGCGUGA